AUGUGCACCAUCGCUCCUCGCGCCGCCGCUCCAGGCUUCGGCGCCACCGCGUUCCUGGACCGGCAGCGGGGCGUCGUCGCCGCGGUGGCUCCGACCGCGACUUCGGGCCACAACGCUGGGGAGCCGACACGCGUUAUUGCCCGCGCCUCCGAGGUGUCUACCGCAACCGCUCGGAAGCGUGGCCGCCACGACGGCUUCGAGCACGUCGUCGUCGACCCUGCAGCCUCGUCAGCGCUGCGGAUCCGGAUGGACGCGGAGCUCGUCGCCCUCCAAGGUCUGCUCAAGAGAGCCAAGCUCUUGCCUCGCUCUGCUCCCCCCGCCGAGAACAAGUGCGCACCGCCGCCACGACGAUCGGAGGCGCCUGUGGUGUCGUCGGAAGCAAAGAGGACGACGUCGUCGCAACCCAAGGCAGCAACGGAGGCGGCGUAUCAUCAGACUCAGAUCACGGCACCAGCAGCGAAUUCAAAGCAACAGCAGCGCCCAGCGGCCAAGAACCCGAUCGUUCUGGAAGUUCCCAGCAAGCAGAAGCAGCAGCGACCAGCAGAGACACCAGCAGCAGCGAAGCAGCAGCAGCACCCGGUCCAGCGUGCAGCGGCGGCCAAGACGGAAGUUCCGAAGAAGCGGCGACCGGAGGAGGAGAAGGAGCUUGCGCGCGCAGCCGCAAGGGAGCAGUUCCGGCAGAUGCUGCUGGAGAUGGAGAAGUCGGCGCUGCCCGAUGAGACGAUAUACCCGGAGGACCUACAGGAGCUCGGCAUACCAUUCGAGUUUGUCGUGACUCGGACGUGGAAGCAGGCGCUGGAAGAUCACGCCAAGAAAGUGGAGUUCGUAGGCGUCUAG